UCAUGGGGCCCCCAGGCAAUAGGGGAUCAUGGGGCCCCUGUUUCCUUGCCCAAACUCAAAAAAGCCUAUGAAAAAGGUACCAGGGGCAUCUCAUGGGGCCCCCUACUGACCCCGGGCCCUCGGGCAGUGCCGUGUUUCCAAAUGGUCAGUCCGCCCCUGAUCACUGGUGUUGUAUUGUCUAGGGCAGACUGACAACUUAUGGGGCCCCCUGGCAAUAGGGGAUCAUGGGGCCCCAGUGUUCUCAUCCACACUUAAACCACAGCCAAAAAAGCCUAUGAAAGGUACCAGAGGCAUCUC